AUGAGUCAGAAAGAAGCAAGCAGAGAAAUGGGAAAAUUCUUUGAAGCCUCGGACUCUGAGGGGACGCCGUGGUGGGCGCCGACCGCCGCCACUUAUCGCAUCAGCGCUCGUUACGAGCCACGGCCGCCCGGCCGGACGCCGGGGUCGGCAGUGUCCGCGAGUACCCCACUGGCGGUCGCGUCGCGUCGUGUCGCCUGUGACAACCGCGCUCUCACUAUGGCGACGCUGGGGACGCUCAAAAGGGGCAGCGUGCAGAUCCAGAGGGCCGCCAUCAAGGCCACAGGGCGGAUCGCGGCGCGCCAUUUGAUGGAGUGGCUGGUAGCGUGGGCGGUGGUGCUGGUGGGCGUGUUGGAGCACAGCGCCACCUCGCAGCUGCUGGCGCCUCGGCCGCCGCUCUCCCCGGAGGAGUUCGCGGAGCUGGUGGCCAACACGAGCUACGUCAGCCGCUACUGCAGAGCCACGCCCACCGCAGCCGCCGCCGACAACUUCACGACAGACCUGCCGCCCGAUAAUGACACAGAGGUGACCACGCUGCCCACGAUGAGCACAUUACCGACCGCAUCGUCGGAGGAGACGGACUCGGAGCCAGAGUACGAUGAGGACGCGGGGGCGGAGGUGGGGGCGGAGGAGCCGCUGCUGGCGUCGCUGACCGCCGUGGCGUCCUCUGUCGGCGUCCGCGCCUUCCGCGGCGUCGGCAGCAACCACAGCGCCGUCGCCGUGGGGACGGUGCACGGCCGCCAUGUUGUCAUAGAGCCGGACCUCAAGGUAAGUCAAUAG